GUCAUUUAGGAACAGAGGUAGCCUGAAGAAGCAGGAACUCCAGGAUCCCAAACCAGACCAGAUAGUAAAGUAUUUUUACAUCUUUUCUUUUCCCCAGAAGAGAUCCCUAACCUAUUAUUUUAUUGACAGCCUUGCUGUUAGAGGCUCUUUCCCAGAAGUUGGACGAAGAGACUCAAGUGUUGCUGUUUCUUCCCUUCCAAGUCAAGUGGUUACUCUGGUAAUGGAUUGCCUCUCUCGGAGCUUUCACCCUGGUGAGACUGUCCAGAUCUAGUCUGCAAACCCAGCUUAGAAGCACUGUUAUAAAAAUGACUGAAGAGCCCAUCAAGGAGAACCUGGGAGCCCCAAAGGCUCACAUGGCGGCGACGAUGGAGAAGAGUCCCAAGAGUGAAGUCGUGGUCACCACAGUCCCCCUGGUCAGUGAGAUUCAGUUGAUGGCUGCUACAGGGGGUACCGAGCUCUCCUGCUACCGCUGCAUCAUCCCCUUCGCUGUGGUUGUCUUCAUCGCUGGCAUCGUGGUCACCGCGGUGGCUUACAGCUUCAAUUCCCAUGGCUCCAUCAUCUCCAUCUUUGGCCUGGUUGUUCUGUCAUCUGGACUUUUUUUACUAGCCUCCAGCGCCUUGUGCUGGAAAGUCAGACAAAGGAGCAAGAAAGCCAAGAGACGGGAGAGUCAGACAGCUCUCGUGGCAAAUCAGAGAAGCUUGUUUGCUUGAGACUGAAUAAGACCAAAUGGUCUAUUGGGCCUGGAAAACCUGCUCUGACUUUGUCACCCAAUUCACCCAGAACCAUGGUGGGAGAGAACAGAUUUGGCAUUGGAGCAGACUGGAAGAAUAGGGGUGGGAGGGUGGAGGGGCUUCUCCUUUGUGAGGAAUGACUCAUGUCUUCUUUAACGACAAACUUAAUCCUAAGGGCUGUUUCUGAGACUGCAAAAUCAGCUUUCUAUUUACAUUAAACAUUUUGGGGGUCACGGGAGUGCAUGGCAUUAGACAGCGUUGGGUUCACCCUGUAAAGUAGCCAAGAAAAGAUGAGAAAAUAACAAGAUAGGCCUGGCACACUAGACAUUUGCCUCCAAAAGAAAUAACCCACAGUCUUAAUAUGUACCAUAAAAAUGUUCUGCCAAGGAUCUAAAUUACCUUGGGCUUCGCAUAUAUCUAUGAAAUUCUGUGAUAAUUUUUUUUAAUACAUUGAUUCACCGGCAUCUGUUUUUAUUUUUCACUUUUAAUAACUCAUCACUGGUGGUACUUUAUCUUGAAGAGUAAACUAAUAUUUUUUAUAUUUUAACAUCGGACAGUUUUAGCCAGUUGUAAUGAUGUGUCAGAAGUAAAGAAAAACCCAUUAAAGGUAUAGCUAAUAGAUGCUGUUGGGGGUUAAAUUAAUAGUAAAAUAAUCCAAUAUAGCACUUUUGAUGAUUUUUAUAUAAAAAUCAAGUGUACAUUUCAUUCAGAAUAAUAGAUACUUAUUGCUGCUAAAACUUCUUAAA